AUGUCACUGGUGCAGAAGGGGCCACAGCUCCCCCUGGUGGCAGGAGUCAUUACUGUGAUGGAGCGAUCGCAGGAGAACUCACACACCAUGUGCAGAGGCGAGAGUGAGACUGAUGGGUACUAUGUGGGGUACUAUGUGAGGAACCAUCUGAGGACGUAUGUGGGGUACUAUGUGAGGAACCAUCUGAGGAUGAAUGUGGGGUACUAUGUGAGGAACCAUCUGAGGACGAAUCUUUCUCCCCGCCUGGAGCUCGCCUCUCGCCCGCCUGGAGCUCGCCCGCCUGGAGCUCGCCCGCCUGGAGCUCGCCCGCCUGGAGGCUUGCCCGCCUGGAGCUCGCCCGCCUGGAGCUCGCCCGCCUGGAGCUCGCCCGCCUGGAGCUCGCCCGCCUGGAGCUCGCCUCUCCCCGCCUGGAGCUCGCCUCUCGCCCGCCUGGAGCUCGCCUCUCGCCCGCCUGGAGCUCGCCUCUCGCCCGCCUGGAGCUCGCCCGCCUGGAGCUCGCCUCUCGCCCGCCUGGAGCUCGCCCGCCUGGAGCUCGCCCGCCUGGAGCUCGCCCGCCUGGAGCUCGCCCGCCUGGAGCUCGCCCGCCUGGAGCUCGCCCGCCUGGAGCUCGCCUCUCGCCCACCUCUCUCGCUCGCCUCUCCCCGCCUGGAGCUCGCCUCUCGCCCGCCUGGAGCUCGCCUCUCGCCCGCCUGGAGCUCGCCUCUCGCCCACCUCUUGCUCGCCUCUCGCCCGCCCGCCUGGAGCCUCGUUCCCGCCUGGAGCCUCGUUCCCGCCUGGAGCCUCGUUCCCGCCUGGAGCCUCGUUCCCGCCUGGAGCUCGCCUCUCGCCCGCCUGGAGCUCGCCUCUCGCCCACCUCUUGCUCGCCUCUCGCCCGCCCGCCUGGAGCCUCGUUCCCGCCUGGAGCCUCGUUCCCGCCUGGAGCCUCGUUCCCGCCUGGAGCCUCGUUCCCGCCUGGAGCCUCGUUCCCGCCUGGAGCUAGCCUCGCUCUCGCUCUGA